UAGAGGCCUUGCAGCAAUAUCUGAAACUAGUCAAGGUGCUGGAUACUUACAUCCCCAAAUUUAUGCUCAAAGCAUCCGUUUUUGCCUGGGGAACUCCUUUACUCAUUGUGGCUGUAAUAAUGUCCGUCGAUUAUAAAUUGUACCACGGAGGAAAAAAAUAUUGUUGGCUUCAAAUAGGAGCAUUCUAUUACGGAUUCCUCUUGCCGGUGGGAAUAGUUAUGCUGGUCAACUUGGUGGUAUUUUGUUUGGUCUUUUAUUCCGUCGCCUGGGCGAAAAAGCCGAAGCUGAAGACGGAUGACAAGAAACUGGUUUUGGUACGGGUAAGGGCGGCAGUUUGCAUUUUAACCCUUUUAG